AGUGCGGGUUCGGCCGUCGGCGAGCACAGAAAUAUAAGUUGCAGAAAAAAAUAGAAAGAAGAAGAAAACUGUUUCCUUCCCCGACCCAUCAUAGAAAGGCAGGAAGGAGAUAGAGAAAGAGGAUUUCAAUUGCAAAGCGGAUGCAAAUGGUAUAUAAACUUUUGACAAAGAUGGCACUAGACGUUUAUGCACUUUGCUGAGGAAUAUUUGGAUGUCUGUGGAUCUGGAGGGACCUCCACCACCAACACCACCUCCAACACCACCACCACCAGCAAAGCCACACCACUCCUACCAUGAACACUUUCGAACCGAAGAAUCCAAAAGUUUGUUGGCUGGGCAAAUCGGGACAAAAGACCAAAAUGUUUCUUACGUUGAUAUUCGACUCAGUUCCAACGACCACCAUUGCCCUGGCGGUGUUCGUCUUUAUCACCGUAACUGUCGCAGGUGGCACAUCGAGCAGCCCCCCGGGUAUCGAUUGGAGCCAGUGGUGGACUUACGACGGGAUAUCCGGGCCUCGAUUCUGGGGCGUGAUCAAUCCCGCCUGGGGCAUGUGUCGCGACGGCAGGAGACAGUCUCCCAUCAACGUGGAUCCAAAGACGUUGUUAUUCGACCCGAACCUUACACCUUUCACCCUUGAUAAGGUCACGGUGGGCGGUGAACUGCUCAACACGGGUCACAGCGUGGAGUGGAGGGCCGCCCGUAGCGCCCAUGCCAUUAACAUCACGGGCGGCCCAUUGAGUUACGUCUAUACUGUCACUCACGCCCGUCUUCACUUCGGAGAACGCGACCAGCAGGGUUCCGAGCACUUACUGGACAACAGGGCCUUCCCUGCAGAGCUGCAGCUGUAUGGGUACAAUUCUCAGCUGUACAAGAACUUCAGCCAAGCGUCAGGCCAGGUGUACGGCGUAGUUGGCAUCGCGAUUCUAGUUCAGCUCGGUGAGCGAAUCACGCCGGAACUUCGUGUGCUUCUUGAAGGAGUUGACUCAAUAACAUACGGAGGUUCCUCCGUAGUCGCUGCAUCUCUGGUCGUCAAAGGUCUCCUCCCAUCCACAGAACAUUAUCUCACCUACGAAGGUUCUCUCACAGAGCCAGCCUGUCACGAAACAGUCACCUGGAUCAUUCCCAACAAACCCAUUUACAUCAACGUCGCCAUGAUGCGGCAGCUGCGGGCGCUAAGACAGGGGAACUCUACUUUAGCCAACGCCCCAAUUGCCAAUAAUUUUCGACCGAUUCAAACUGCCCACCACAGGACCAUACGCACCAAUAUACACUUUACUCACAAUAAGCAGGAUGGACAGUGCCGAGUGUCGGAUCCCAGACUAGUGUACAGAGCUGGAGCUUGGCUAGGGUCAUGAUAAUGAUAACAUGAUUCACAUGGCUACUUGAAUCUCUUGUCUGCACGCGACAAGAGAGCCGUCCUCGUCUUGAUGUUGUUUCUGCUGCUCCUAGUGCUGAUGGCGAUGCUGCUUACCUACUGCAACUGGUACUCCCCCACCACAUCUUCUGUACUUCUGCUUUUUACAUCUGUAACCGCUGUGGCAGCUGGACAAUGCACCAGCUGGCAUUGCUCUUUCAUAACGCUGAUGGAAAUGUCAUCAGUGUUGACACUGGCACCACAAAGUUCUUCCAACACCUGAAAAUAAUGUCUUUUGAAGUGAUUUAUUUUUUAAGUUAAGGUCCGGCCCCCAAGCCUUGAUAUAGUUGCCGAGUAUGUCCAAGCAAAAGUUAUUAGUAUGGGUUGAUAGUAGGCUGUCUGGAAGCUUUUGGCAAUAAUGAAUUUCUUCGGGGCGUGGCUUGUGACUUUUCUUAAAACGAAAUUACUGUAUGUUGAAACUAGUGGAAGCGUUGGCUUGCUACUGGUUACAUAGGCCACCAAAAUACAGCUUGCUGUUGUACAUAAUGAUGAUACUGACAUACUGUAGUCUAUAUUUAUGGUAUUCAUGAUGUAUAUGACUGUUACACGGCUUCAUUUCACUUUUAGAUUUUGAAGUUGGAUGAUUUACAAGAAUAGAUCAUUUAGGUUUGCGUUGUUCAAGGAAUGUUUGAAGAAAAAAGGGGACUGGCACUUUUGUUUUCAAGUGCUACCCUAAAAAACGGUCUUUCAUUGCCCUUGUGUUUUGUCAUGUGCUUUUUCCGUUAUUAACUAAUUCAUGUUAUUGCCAGCUGGAUAUGCCUUCGAUUAUAACUUUAAACACUGACAAAAUUAGUAUAUAUUUAUAUACAUAUAUAUAUAUAUAUAUAUAUAUAUAUAUAUAUAUGUAUGUAUGUAUGUAUGUAUGUAUACUUAUGUAUAUAUAUAUACAUUCGUUUGUAUGGUACGUAUGUGUAUGAAAGGAUUUUUGUUAAAGUACGAGUCACUUUUGCAAACCCUCAGUAGGCUAUAUUGAUGAUAGAUGGGCAGGUAGAGACUUUGCUCUAGUUCACCUUACUGGCUACAUUAAAGAUCUUAUUAGCAUCAGUAAAGGAUUACAGCUCUAGGAUGUUCAUUGACAGCAUAAACUAAUGAAGGGUGUAUGCAUUCGAGGUGCUUUUAAUAAUAAUUUUUUAAUAUAUCAUUUGAUUUCACAGUAGUUUUAAUUUGAAGAUUCUCCUCUCUUACGGUGGCAUUUUCUUAUAAAGAAUGUCGGAAUUACAAUGAAUUUUCAAUAACUUAUUUAAAGAGUUCUAUUCUUGUGUUCUUUGGCGUUUUCUUCUAAUACAUUUUGUUGAUAAAAUGAGCGCACAGCAGCUAUGGGGCCUAUAUUUAUGCCGGGAAAAUAUGUGUUCCUCACGCACACAAAU